UUUAAAGGCCAGUAUGGAGCCAGAGGGGCUUCAGCAGGGGAUUAAAGUCAAAGUCCUUGCACUCUUCACACCAGCAGCUCACCCACUGACCAACUUAUCUGGAAGGGUGUGGAUAUUUCCGUAAAGAUCCAUCGUGGCUAUAAAGGCUGAGGAACACUGAUGAUCAUUUGGAAAGAUUCACUUUACAAGUUUGAAGUCUUUAAGAUUUGAGCUGAAACCUUAGGAAGCUGAAUCCAUUAAGAUUCACUUCAGCCUUUUUUAAGCGUUAAGUUAACUCGCUAGAAUUUUCACGUGACGAAAUUUUUUUUCAAGACUUUUUGGCAUCUUAAGCCAAUUGACCAAAACUGAAGCUAGAAAUAACGACAUCACCUGCAAGAGUAGAUUAUUAUACGGGCAAUAAAAGUGAAUACGUUGGAAAUUCACCAUGAGUAGCAGUGGGAUCGCUACAGUUUCAUCCCGGGAUCCACAGGCUUUCAAACGGACUGUAAAGAAGAUAAAAUGUGCUGCUAUGGUGGCCAAUUUGGCUAAAAGUUGGCAGGGAUGGGCUAAAGAACAUGCUGGCAAGCAAGAAGCCAUGCCAAGUGGCUGGAUGCCUUCAUCUGUGGAGGAGGAAGAUAAAAAAGAACGCAACCAUGUUGUUAAACUUACAGUUACCCCACGUGUAAUCUUAGCAGAUCCCAGUGACAAUAGUGAGAAUAAGAUCAGAACCUGCUCUGUAAACAAGACCGUUCAGCCAAAACGCAGCGAGUGCAGCAGCAGCGAUGUAGUUAAUGCCAUUCGUGGCAAGAUGGAGUCAGGUCCUGAGGAGACCAAGCCAUUCAUGGGCAACGAAUCACCAACACGGCGGCGGCAGAUGAGGGCACUACAAAGUGGAGAAGGAGGCGGGAGGAUACAGAACAGGAAACUAAAGCUCCAGGAGAAGAAGUUGGGGUCAAGAAGCAGCAGCGUGGACACAGAUGACAGCGGGUUGGGAGAGGAAAAUGGGCUCAGCGACAACAAUGAAUCUAAAACCGAAAAUGGCGAGCUCCAGUCUAAAAAGCAGACCAACAGGCCAAAGAUUAAAAUUGCCACCACGGGUGACAUCAGAAGUCGCUGGCAACAGUGGUCCGAACAGCACAUUGAAGGCCAGAAGCUCAAUCCCUUCAGUGAGGAAUUUGACUAUGAGUAUGCUAUGGCCCAGCGCCUCCACAAGGGUGACUCUGGCUAUGGACGACCCAAAGAAGGCUCCAAGACAGCAGAGAGGGGAGACAGGGCCCAGAAACACAUCUACAGGGAGAUGGAGGAGAUGGUCUGGAUUAUAAGAGACAUGGGCUUCAAGGAUAAAGAGGGUAGAACAAUCAUAACUUUUGGCCGUCUCUUUGACCGCUACGUGAAAAUCUCGGACAAAGUGGUGGGCAUUCUGCUUCGCUGCCGCAAACACAAGAUGCUGGACUUUGAGGGGGAGAUGGUGUGGAAGGGGCAGGAUGAUGAUGUCAUUAUUACGCUAAAGGAUUGAAAAAAUAUUAUGCGUAUGCAAACGUACCUAUAAAUCUCAUACAUCAGAGCUCCAGUAGAAACAACUACUCAUUCUGAGCAUGCAAUGUCAUGUACGUAAGGAAAAUGUAGUAUCUUUAUAAUGUUUAAAAAUUAAACAUGCAUACAUAUCUAAUGUUUCAUACACACACACACAGACACACACGCUAGAGUCAUUAGUUCUUCUCAUAUACCUGACAGAUUAUGGGGUGAAGGGAAGCUAUCUUUAGCUUGCAAACCAUGCUCAACUUGCUAACUAUGUUACAUGCUAGAAGCCUUAAGAAUCCAUCGCAAUGUCAGUCAUGGUAGAAGGCUUUACUGAGUCUCCAACUAAACAAACAAGGACUUUGAGUUAAUUUCAUCUAAUAAUUCAUGACAGAAUUGACAAGGGAAGUUUAUGUUCGUUUAGCUAAUUUUGCUAAAAACAUGCAAGCAGUGGUAGCAACUUACUAGUCUUGUUUAUUGUUUGUUUGUUUUCUUAAAUAGUUAAAAAGUACUUUAAUGAGACCAAUGUCUGCGUUUCCUUAGUUUGUUUUUAUUUGUUUUGUUUUUCGUCUUCUUUGGAAUGACAGUUUAAGACUAAAUAGUUAAAUUAAGCUAAGCUAACAUUUAUUUUUAUGUAGGAAUAUGUGACAUCUUUAGAAAUAGAAAUAAUGGAUAUAAAUGUACCUUAAACCUCAGUUUUCAACUAAAGUACUUAAAAGCACACUACACCAGUCUUUCUUACAGGACUACAACCAUGUUUACUCUGGACCAUGCUCACUUUCAAAGAUUUAAUCUCCAGUAAAAUGUUUGGUCAAAAUGGCUUUCUUAUUUGGUUGACAUACACAACAAAAAUUAAUUGCAAAAUAAUGUAAUUAUAUUUAGACAAGGGAAAAUGACAAUAAAAAGAAGCUUACAUGCAGUAAUGUGAAUAAUGUGAAUGAGUUUGAAAAACUUCUGCAUGUUAAGUUUGUGUAAGGCGAGAUUUUUUUGAAAUAAAUCAUUUUAGAGCAAACAUUUAAAUGUUAAAAUGGGAUCAUCUCAUAUUAAAAUUAAAUGAAAGAGGUGCUUUAAAUGUCAAAUGUUUGCUUCUUUCAAAGUGAAAGCGUGGAUGUUCUUUAUAUAUGUAUUACAAAAACUGUAAGCAUUUGUAUAAUGUGUACAGUUUUUUAGUUAGUUUUUAGUUAAUUAGUUUAUUUUCAGUAUUGUUGUGGUCAGAGUGGUGACACAUGCUAUGUGGAAGCAAACAAAGAAUAAAAAUUAAAUGCUGCUUUUGUUUUUCUAUAUAUAUACUCAAA